UGUGAAUACACGAAGGCAGCGCUAAAGGCCGGUGAGACCAGCGAUCGUGCCUACAAGCGGCCAGACAGCUCCAGCGGCGCGGAGAGGGGCGGCCCGUGCCGAGCGACAACUUCCUCGGUUUGAAAGCUCCGCCACGCUGACAUCAACGGAAGCAAAACACCUUUGCGAACUGCCCAGUUUUUAUUGUGGUGGUGAACUUUCCCCCCCACCCCACCUUAUUCCGCGAUACCAUAUUGACAACAUGAUGUCUCAGGUGAAAUGAGGAGCAGAGGAAUGACAAGGGCCAAAGACGAAACAAGUGGCCUGUGAGCCGAACGUCUGAUAAAGUAGACGAAGUAGUCGCGAUCGGCACUUCCACUUCCUGGUUGUAAACGCUCGGCUACAAGGUACACAACGUCCUCGCUACAGGAAGAGAUUAAGGUGCUGGAGAAAGCGGAGCGAUCAUGUCCGCUAAAUGAAAGGGACAAGCGUUGGACAUUGCAUGAAGAGACCAUCGGUGAAAAGCACGAAGUAAAGAAGCGUCCACCCUGUCUCUCUCUCUCUCUCUUUCUCCCCCCUUCACCUCCCACUCUGGAUGUGUACGUCUGCUUGAUUAAAGAUACAAUACGAGAAAAAAAAGUCGAAUCCCUUUAAAGAAGAAAGCCCCUUUUAACCGAGGUGGAGAAUGCCAGCUGGCGUCUGUGGCUGCUGUGGUCCCCUGCGCCCACGAUAUAAACGCCUCGUGGAUAACAUAUUUCCAGAAGACCCAAACGAUGGGCUUGUUAAAUCCGAUAUGGAGAAGCUCACCUUCUAUGCAGUGUCUGCACCAGAGAAGCUGGAUAGGAUCGGAGCUUACCUGGCAGAAAGACUGAGCAGAGAUGUGGUCCGGCAUCGCUACGGUUAUGUCGUUAUUGCGAUGGAAGCUCUGGAUCAGCUUCUAAUGGCCUGCCAUUCCCAGAGCAUCAAACCUUUUGUUGAAAGCUUCCUUCAUAUGGUGGCAAAGCUGCUAGAGUCUCGGGAACCAGACCUGCAGAUUCUUGGAACCAAUUCAUUUGUGAAGUUUGCAAACAUUGAGGAGGAUACCCCUUCUUAUCACAGACGGUACGACUUCUUCGUAUCCCAGUUUAGUGCCAUGUGCCACUCAACACAUGAAGACAUGGAAACAAGAACUAAGAUUCGAGUUGCCGGCAUUAAGGGCCUUCAAGGAGUUGUCCGCAAAACAGUCAACGAUGAACUGCAAGCGAUUAUCUGGGAGCCUCAGCAUAUGGAUAAACUCAUCCCCUCGAUGUUGUUUAACAUGCAGUCUGCGGAAGACACUGACCGAACUGGACCUCCUACCACCCCUUCAGAUGAAAACCCGGCCGUAUUGGCCGAGAACUGCUUCAGGGAGCUUCUUGGGAGAGCAGCGUAUGGGAAUAUGAACAAUGCGGUCAGGCCGGUGCUGGUGCACUUGGAUAACCAUCAUCUUUGGGAGUCAAAUGAGUUUGCCGUCAGUUGCUUUAGGAUCGUCAUGUACUCCAUACAGGCCCAGCAUUCUCACCAUGUGAUUCAGCAGGUUCUGGGUCACCUGGAUGGCCAUAAGAAGAGCUCUCCACGGGUCAGGGCUGGAAUCGUGCAAGUCAUUCUAGAAACUGUGGCAAUAGCCGCCAGAGGGUCUAUAGGUCCAACUGUCCUCGAUGUGUUCAAUACACUGCUAAAACACUUGCGUAUAAGCGUGGAUUUUGAACUUGGAGAUCGACGUUACUCUUCUAGCAGCGGCAAUGCUAACUCCACCUUCAAAGAAAGUGAAGAAAGGGUUGUCCAGAAUGCCAUUAUACAAACCAUCGGUUUCUUUGGUGGAAAUCUCCCAGAUUAUCAGAGGUCUGAAGUGAUGAUGUUUAUCAUGGGGAAGGUUCCCGUAUUUGGAACACCAUGCCACACGCUAGAGACCACGAAUAUGGGAGACCUCGGAACCAAGCGUAUUCAAGUUAUGUUGCUUCGGUCACUUAUAAUGGUUACUUCAGGUUAUAAAGCAAAAUCCAUCCAUGCUGCACUUCCUGCCCCAUUCCUGGACCCACUGCUUUCCGUUUCCCUGAUGGAGGACAGUGAGCUUCGCCAGUUAGUUUUGGAAAUUCUUCACAAUCUUAUUGAUCGUCAUGACAACAGGGCAAAACUGAGGGGAAUAAGGAUCAUCCCUGAUGUUUCUGCUCUGAAAAUAAAGAGAGAAAAGAUUUCAAAACAAGAUGUGAACUUCAUGAAAAAGCACGGACAGCAGCUGUAUCGACACAUCUACCUGGGUUGUAAAGAAGACGAUAAUGUCCACAAAAACUUUGAGCUUCUCUUCACUGCACUGGCUCUCGUUACAAUUGAAUUAGCUAACGAAGACGUGGUUAUCGACCUGAUUCGACUCUCUAUUGCUCUGCAGGACAUGGCCAUCAUGAAUGAAGAUAACCUUUCCAUAUUUAACCGCUGUGGCACCAUGGCACUGGUAGCUGCUUAUUUGAAUUUCCUAAGUCAGAUGAUUGCAAACCCUGCUUUUUGUCAGCAUGUCAGCAAGGUGAUUGAAGUCAGAAGCCAGGAAGCACCUUAUCUUUUACCAGAGACUUUUUUCAGAGAAAAGUGCACCCUUCCAAAGUCCUUGGAAAAGCACGACAAGAACUUGUUUUUCCUCACCAACAAGAUCGCAGAGUCCUUGGGUGGCACGAGCUACUGUGUGGACAGGCUGUCCGUGCCGUAUGUCCCUCAAGUGACAGAUGAAGACAAGCUGUCUAGAAGAAAAAGUAUCGUUGAUACAGUGUCGAUCCAAGUGGACAUCCUCUCUGGAAACAACCAGCCAGACAAGGCAAGAAUAGCUGAAGAAAUAACAUUUGAAGCUCUAAAGAAAGCAAUUGACACCACAGGAAUGGAGGAGCAAGAGAAAGAGAAGCGACGGCAAGUAAUUGAAAAGUUUCAGAAGGCUCCCUUUGAAGAGAUUGCAGCACAGUGUGAAAUCCAGGCAAACCAACUACAUAAUAAACUGGCAAAAAUAUUUGAGUUGACAAUCCGGCCACCGCCAAGUCCCUCAGGAACUGUCCCCGUUGCUGCCGGACACACACAGUACCAGUCUGUUCCAGUCUACGAGAUGAAAUUUCCAGAUCUGUGUGUUUAUUAGCUGCCUAAAAGGUUGCGAGAAGGUUAUUCUGUUUUACAGAUAUGUGUACUUUCCCAGAUUUUAUGAGGUUUAUUGUGUUAAAUAAAUGUUAGCCUUUUUUUUUUACUUUUUUAUUUCUUUUUCACAUAUUCAAUCACAUGUUCCAGUUCAAGUAGUUCCUACAUACUUAUUUACAUGCAAUUUAAGGGCACAUUGUUGUUUGUUCACUUUGCAUUAACUCAGUCUUAUAUUCCUAAUAUUUGUUGGUGUCAAUAAGUCUCACUAUGGUGGGUACAGAAAUGUUUUUAUCCUUAGCAUUAUUAAAAGCAGUGUGGUGCCUCCCCUAGGUGGGUAGGACAUUGCACUUUAAACCUCAAGUUUCAGCCAGCACCUCCGAAUUGUGGAAACUCUGUUCCAAGUCAAAGCAAAAACCUGUCAAGUCGCCUUGUCCAAAUCAUCCAUCAUGGUAAUAUAAUUCUAUCCCUUUGUCCUUUAGGCUUAGUCUUUGAUUAUUCAUGUCAUCAACAGCAACUUCCGUUUUUCGCUGUCACUUCCAGUCACACAUGGCAGUUUUAGAAUGUCUGCAGCUGCCAUCACUCCUUGAACCCACAAGUGUUAAUACUCAUAAAUUAAGGGCAAUGAGGGCAGAUAAGAACAAGAGCAUGGCGCAAAAGUGUGCAUAGUUCUUUUAUUAAUAAUCUCCAAGUGCAAAUAGUGCAGUGCAAUAAAUAAGUUCAUAAAUGAUCCAAUCAAAAGAGUGUUCUUGCUAGAGGUUAAAAUCUCAUAAAUAAUCCAUCCAUCCAUAAAAACAAGGUUAAAAUCAUAGCUUGGGUCUGUCCUUCACAAUCAAUACGUGCUUGGUACUAUUUCUAAACCUGACGUCUCCUUUGCUCACCCUUUAAGGUCUCCUCAGCUCAAGGAGACGUACACCAGCAAGUGUGGUCAUCCUUCGCAUGGGCUUGAACCCAAGCCACCUCAUUUAGUCACCACUCCUAGCCUGGCAUAUCUUCCUCUGACCAUCCCAUGGCCUUCAGCUGGGAACUGCAUGAGUCCUGCUCCUCAUUUCCACCACCAUCCCAUGGCAUCAACACUAGAAUUACCAGAACCUAUGAAAAAAACCUUAAAUCACUUCACACCUC